AUGUUGGAUGUAGAUGAUGAGCCACCGGCAGACUCAGUAGGAACUAUUAGAGAAUGGGCUGAUGAGCGCUCUAAUGGGAUGUUGGAUAUAGAUGAUGAGCCACCGGCAGACUCAUUGGAUAUAGAUGAUGAGCCACCACCAGACACAGUAGAAACUAUUAGAGAAUGGGCUGAUGAGCGCUCUAAUGAGAAGUUGGAUAUAGAUGAUGAACCAUCAGCACACUCAGUAGAAACUAUUAGACAAUUGGCUGAUGAGCGCUCUAAUGAGAAGUUGGAUAUAGAUAAUGAGCCAGCGGCAGACUCAGUAGAAACUAUUAGAGAAUGGGCUGAUGAGCACUCUAAUGAGAAGUUGGAUAUAGAUGAUGAGCCACCACCAGACUCAGUAGAAACUAUUAGAGAAUGGGCUGAUGAGCGCUCUAAUGAGAAGUUGGAUAUAGAUGAUGAGCCACCACCAGACACAGUAGAAACUAUUACAGAAUGGGCUGAUGAGCGCUCUAAUGAGAAGUUGGAUAUAGAUGAUGAACCACCAGCACACUCAGUAGAAACUAUUAGACAAUGGGCUGAUGAGCGCUCUAAUGAGAAGUUGGAUAUAGAUGAUGAGCCACCACCAGACACAGUAGAAACUAUUAGAGAAUGGGCUGAUGAACGCUCUAAUGAGAAGUUGGAUAUAGAUGAUGAACCACCAGCACACUCAGUAGAAACUAUUAGACAAUGGGCUGAUGAGCGCUCUAAUGAGAAGUUGGAUAUAGAUAAUGAGCCACCGGCAGACUCAGAAGAAACUAUUAGAGAAUGGGCAGAUGAGCACUGUAAUGAGAAGUUGGAUAUAGAUGAUGAUCCACCAGCAGACUCAGUAGAAACUAUUAGAGAAUGGGCCGAUGAGCGCUCUAAUGAGAAGUUGGAUAUAGAUGAUGAGCCACCGGCAGACUCGGUAGAAACCAUUAGAGAAUGGGCUGGUGAGUGCUCUAAUGAGAAGUUGGAUAUAGAUGAUGAGCCACCACCAGACUCAGUAGAAACUAUUAGAGAAUGGGCUGAUGAGCGCUCUAAUGGGAAGUUGGAUAUAGAUAAUGAGCCACCGGCAGACUCAGUAGAAACUAUUAGAGAGUGGGCUGAUGAGCACUCUAAUGAGAAGUUGGAUAUAGAUGAUGAGCCACCACCAGACUCAGUAGAAGCUAUUAGAGAAUGGGCUGAUGAGCGCUCUAAUGGGAAGUUGGAAAUAGAUGAUGGGCCACCGGCAGACUCAGUAGAAACUAUUAGAGAAUGGGCUGAUGAGCGCUCUAAUGAGAAGUUGGAUAUAGAUGAUGAGCCACCACCAGACUCAGUAGAAACUAUUAGAGGAUGGGCUGAUGAGCGCUCUAAUGAGAAGUCGGAUAUAGACUCAGUAGAAACUAUUAGAGAAUAUGCUGAUGAGCGCUCUAAUGAGAAGUUGGAUAUAGAUGAUGAGCCACCACCAGACUCGGUAGAAACUAUUAGAGAAUGGGCUGAUGAGCGCUCUAAUGGGAAGUUGGAUAUAGACGAUGAGCCACCGGCAGACUCAGUAGAAACUAUUAGAGAAUGGGCUGAUGAGCGCUCUAAUGGGAAGUUGGAUAUAGAUGAUGCGCCACUGGCAGACUCAGUUGAAACUAUUAGAGAAUGA